UAGAAUAGAAGUAUCAUCGUUUGUUCAAACAUAAGGGAAGAAGGAAAAAACGAAAGUGUUUCGUUCUCUUCUAACUCUCUGAAGCACUGAGCCGACUCGGAGCUUGAGAACGAGUUAAGUUUUUGACUCGGAGGAAAAUACAGAGGAAGAGAAAUACUACAUCAUGUCUGGGAUUGCUCGUGGACGUCUCACCGAGGAGAGGAAGUCAUGGCGGAAGAAUCAUCCUCAUGGUUUUGUUGCGAAGCCUGAGACACUGCCUGAUGGGUCUGUGAAUUUGAUGAUCUGGCAUUGUACUAUUCCUGGAAAAACUGGGACUGAUUGGGAGGGUGGCUUCUUCCCCCUUACAUUACACUUUAGUGAAGACUACCCUAGCAAGCCUCCGAAGUGUAAAUUCCCCCAAGGUUUCUUCCACCCUAAUGUUUACCCAUCUGGAACUGUUUGCUUGUCUAUACUUAAUGAAGACAGUGGGUGGAGACCAGCCAUAACAGUGAAGCAGAUUCUUGUCGGCAUCCAAGAUUUGCUUGACCAGCCAAAUCCUGCUGAUCCUGCCCAGACAGAAGGCUAUCAUCUAUUUAUCCAGGAUACCACGGAGUAUAAGAGAAGGGUCCGGUUGCAGGCAAAGCAGUACCCACCUCUUAUCUAGUACACACUAUCAACUUAUUUAAGAAUCUAUUGAUAGUAUGGUAGAUAUUUUCUCUUUUCAUCUGUUAAAAACUGUUUUGUUGUGAUCAUUGGCAUGCAUAACAUGCAGACACCAAUGUUUUCACUAUUCAUGCUUACUCAUCUGGAUGAAAUGUUGAUAUAUAAACAAUGUGAGAGUCAAACCAAUGAGUUCUUGUUGGUGACUUCUGUGCCUUAUGUUUGCUAAUACAUUUCUUAUUUAUUGGAUGAUUACUGUAAUGAAUUAUGACUAUUCUCUCAGGAACUUCUCAUUUCUGGAUA